CUUGAACAGGUUAAUUAUAAGCACGCAAUACUCCAUAUUUAUUACGAAGAAAUUUUACUUCUGUGAAGGAAUUGUGAUAUAGAAUCGGUCAAGAUGUACGCUGAAGUUGGGGAAGUUCUGGCUGUAAGGGAACAGAGACGAUCAGUGUCUUCUGUUACUUCAGAAGAGGAAAGUAAAAGCAUGUCCCUCGGGAGCUCUGUGUGUCACCGAUGCAAUGAAGGCUUCGGUCCGAGCGAGCAGAUCAUGAACUCCAACGGGGAGAUAUGGCACACCAAGUGUUUUGUAUGUGCCCAGUGCUUCCAGCCGUUUCCAGAUGGAAUCUUUUAUGAGUUUGAAGGAAGAAAGUACUGUGAGCAUGACUUCCAUGUGCUGUUUGCUCCCUGCUGUGGCAAAUGUGGGGAGUUUAUCAUCGGGCGGGUGAUCAAGGCUAUGAAUGGAAGCUGGCACCCCAACUGUUUUAGGUGUGAAAUCUGUAAUGGACCACUGGCUGAUGCUGGCUUUGUCAAAAAUGCUGGAAGAGCUCUGUGUAGAGAAUGCAAUGCGAAGGAGAAAGCCAAAGGACUGGGGAAAUAUGUUUGUCACAAAUGUCACUCCAUCAUUGAAGAGGGUCACAUCCGUUACAAAGGGGAGGCUUACCAUCCAUACCACUUCAAUUGUUCAUCAUGCGGGGGAGAGCUGAAUGCAGAUGCAAGAGAGAAGAAUGGUGACUUGUACUGUCUACGCUGUCACGACAAAAUGGGAAUACCGAUAUGUGGAGCCUGCAGGCGUCCUAUUGAAGAGAGAGUGGUACAUGCCCUGGGAAAGGCUUGGCAUGUAGAGCAUUUUGUUUGUGCUAAGUGUGAGCGGCCGUUCUUGGGCACCAGACAUUAUGAAAAGAAAGGAUUAGCUUACUGUGAAACUCACUACCAUCAGCUGUUUGGAAACAUCUGCUUUGUAUGCAAUUGUGUGGUGUCAGGAGAUGUAUUCAGUGCCUUUAACAAGUCAUGGUGUGUGGGACAUUUUGCUUGCUCUAUUUGUGACAGAAAGAUGAGUCACAAAACUAAGUUUUUUGAGUUUGAUUUGAAGCCAGUUUGUCGAGUCUGCCAUGAGAAAUUUCCUGCUGAAUUGAAGAAAAGACUGAAGAAAUAUCACGAGGAAGUGAAUAAGAAAGCAGCUAAUUAAUGGCAAUAUAUCUUGUCAAAAAUACCUAGGUAGUUAACGCUUUAAGUUGUAAGUAUUAUCAGUAUACUUUGUAUUGUAAAUGACAACCUGUCUUGAAAUCAGAAUUUUAUCAAACAGAAAUCACAAAAAUCUUCUCCAUUGUAGAAGUAAAAGUUCUAGUUAUUUCCAAGUAGUUCAUUAUUGAAUCAAUUCAUUCAUAUUUUCUUUGAAUUUGAUCUAUAUGCUGUGAUUUUUUGAAAGUCUUCAGCAUGUUGCUGUCAUCCUGAUGUUUCACACUGGUAUGUGUAUUUGAUUGAUAAAUUAAUUGUAAGUUUGGUUUUACCACCUUUACCAACAGUGUUGGGUUCAGUACUUAAAAAAAUCACAGCCACAUUUUGAAUAAGCUGAAUAAUUUCGUUUACUACUCAAAACAUGAUUGAGCAUUUUUCGUGUCAGCUAUGUAGUUUUCAGUUUUACAUUAUCAGCCUUACUGAUAUGCUGUAUUCUUAGAAGAAAUACUUGAUAGAAAGUUUUAGUUUUUUUAUGAACUGUUCAUACCCAGUUGGUUUGUUAAACUAGCCUUUGUUGACAAGUUCAUGUGGUUUUUUCUGAUUCAGGUAGAAAUGUAAAAGAAAAAAAAAAUCUAUUUUUUGUACAAUCCUGUAUUUGUUACAUAUUUGAAUUAAGGAUGCAUGCUAUAAUCACGUUAUACCUGUAUUUAUAUCAGAGUUGUCUCCCAUACCAAAUCUUUUUUUAUUAACAGGUAUGUGUAAUUAAAAUGUCAAUUUAUCAUAACUGUAGUUGAUAAACAAAACUAAAAAGAAUUCAGAGUUUACAGAUAAUUUUUGGAAGAUAUUUCUUAACAACAUAGCAUACAUCCUUAAGUUGUUUUGAAGAAGAUAGAUUGACUUAACAUUGUUAAUGAAGAUGUUUUACUUCAAGAAAUUGUUUUUUUAUUAAUGCUUGGGAGUAACAUAAUGAUAUAUUUAAAAAGUGUGUAUAUUUGUAUUGAUUUGUAUAUCAUGUCAGUUAUUUUAUUAUUGUUUGUGCCUUUCUUUCCACAGAGUGCCAUAUGUUUUGUAAAAAGUCUAGAUAAAUUAAGAGAAAAAAAGAUUUGGUAGUCUAAACAGUUCUCACAAGAAAUUGAAUUUGACAGAGUAAUCUAAGGGAGAUAAGUCAGUACAUUCACGUAAUUGCUGAAAAAACUAUUCAGAUUAAAGAAAAUACUUUUUUUUCAUAGAUUAUAGAAAUUUAAAUUAUUUGCCUUUACUGCAGUUAAAAAUUAGGCCAAGAUAACUAAAUAGUGAGACUGAACUAGGAAUAGUUAUGCCUUGUACUUAUACAUUAGAGAUUGGCUUUUGUUAUGAUCUUGUAGUUCUCUUUAAUACUUGGGAGUAAUUGAAAAAGUAUGAAUUGUAUUUAUAUGUGAUCGAAUACUUUGGACAGUGAUGUUUAAUUGUAUUGUUCCAAUAUCUACUGAUACUGCUGUUUUAGAAAUAGACCUCUUCAUAUGUGUGAUACAGGUAUGAUUGUACAAUAGUCAAUAAAUGAGGCCUUCAUUUUAUUUGUAGCUGAUUGAUAGGGUUUGAAUAAAUUCAAAUACUCUGUAUACCUCAGAAGAAUUACACAUAUGCAUGAAAAUCAACACUUGUCAAUAUUUUUGUGUCUAUAUACUUCAGAAUUAUUUAAAUGUUUCUGUAAUUAAUUCAAUAUCACCAUAGAUUAGAAUGUUUUGAAGAAUUUUCAUCUCUUUGUUAGAAUUUGUGUAACUUUGUUGACUCGUGUCAUUCAAUAUUCGAUGCUUGAGAUAUCUGCGUUACUCAUUAAUUUUAAGGAGUAACUAUCAGUUUACUCAUAGAUUUAUUAAAUCUUGGAGCUAUUUAUGUAAUUGUUCCUGCAACACUAGAAUUCCGAUUAACUCGCUAGUCACUCAUUAUACAAGCUUGAGUAACUCCAUGAUGAUUCAUUGUUAUAAAUCUCAGUAACUCAAGAUUUUUACUGUUUAAAGGCCAAGUAACUGAAUGCUGAUUCACUGUUAAACUCUGAUUGACUUAAUGUUUGAGUAACUCAAUACCAAUUUAUUGUUAGAAAUCUCAAUGAUGGUUCGAGUCACUUGUUAAUGACUCUUGUCAGUUACAAAUAUGGUAUUGACUCAUUGACUCAAGUUAUUACUGUUGACUCACUACUUGUAUUUUUGCUGUAGUGUAACAAUAGCACAAUGAUGUAAACUACCAUGCUGUGUCACUAGUACAAUGGUGCUUUAUUGUACAAUUCUUACUAUUAUACCUUGAUUUCCUAUUAAACAACCAACAAGGCUGUGUACCCAGAAACAAGUUUGUAGGAUAUUCUAAUUUGUCAGUAGUCUUCAAUUAUAAGUCAUUUUUUGUUCUUUUUUUCAGGCAUAAUACAAAGACUGACAAAAUUUUCUGACAUUAAUUUUGUGAUUUUUCUGUCCAAUGUUUAAUAGGAAACUACAGCUUAAAGUGACAUAUUUCUACUUCUUUUUUAAAAUUUUUAGGAAAUGCGUUUUGGUUUUGCAGACAUGUCUGUCACUAAAUCUGGUAACAUUUUUUUUUCAUUAGCAAUGAUAUGACUGCAGAUUAUUACAAAACUUUCAACAUCUUAAAUUAUAUAGGUGCACUUAGUGUAAACAUUUUAGUAUUUUUACUCAAAAGUGUUAGAAAUAUCACUCUUAUUUAGAUAUGCUUGAUUUAAAGGAAAAUAUAGAACAUCAUAACAUUAAGUGUACUACAUAAUUCACAUUUACUUAUAUUUAUAGAUAUAUAUAUGUAAUCCUGGUAAGAUACUACUGCAAGAUACUUCUUGCCUAGAGAGAACUUCUCUUUAGCUCGAUCGGUUGAGCGUCCGACUAGUAAGCCAGAGAUCCCGGAUUCGAAUGCUAGCGAAGGCAUUGACAUAUAUAAUAACCUCUGUUACAUAUAUAUAUUAUCGUUUUAGUAUGUGUAUAUUUUUGCAGACAGUGUAAAUGUGCAUCUAAUCUUUCUUAUUUAAGUUUGAUGUAAAUGUAAUUAUAGUUCAGUGAUGUAUUUAUUUAAUAUAAUCUGUAUAUUUUCCCUUUUGGAAGGAUGAUAAAGGCUGUAAAAUAAAUCUAAGGAUGCCCACACAUAAUAAUCAUGGAUAGGACUAUGAAUUUAGGAAUCUGUUGAGCUGCGAUACAGAGUUUUUGAAGUGUGGCAAUGUUUGGUACCCUUUAAUUUAUAACAAGGUACAUAAUAUGUUUAUACUGGUAGACUUCUAUGUUACUUUUUAUAUACUUUGGAUUAUUUACAGAUAUCCUGUGUACUCCUCACUCUAUAUAAAUACUAUUAUUCAUCAAAGUCUUAUGGAAAUUACGAAUUUUUUUAAUAAUGGGGCUAGUGCCCCUCCCAAUCUUCGUUUUUUACUUUUAUUUCAAUUACUUGUAUUUUGUACAAUCUUGGCCGUUUCACAAGAAACAUCAUUAGCUUUGGGGUUUUUUUUCAAAUCAACAUCAAUCAGAUUUCAUUAUGAACUUUUAGUAAUUAAGAAUGGGUAAGCAAUGAUUUCAUAACUUAAAAAAACUGCAAAACCUCAUUUUUUCUUCAGUCUUUGAGUAUAAUUUGUUUUUAUGUGCACCAUAUAUAUGAUGAUAUAUCAUUAUACAUGCUUUAGACUACAUGUAUGUUAGUUAAUGUUAUAACCCUGUGAUGGAAAUCAUGCUGGUGUCUUGUUGGAUAUGGCAAUAUAACAAUGCAGGGAGAUCAAACUUAGUAUUCAUAAUGACUCCGUAACAAAAAGGUCAUACAUAUAUUCCUGUCAAAAUAGGGCAGCAAUUUUGACUUCACCAGUGUAGUAGGGCCAUGGAGUGGUUUAGAGGAUGGAAGAUGAUUAGAAAAUAUCGAGGAUAAAGUUUCGCCCAUCAUGUGCUUAAAUCAUUUCAAAAUGAAAAAUUUCUAAAGGACCAGCUUGAGUUUUGCUGAGACGCAAAUUUAUGUACAAAUUGUAUAUGCAUGUAGUGGAAAAUUUCAAGAUGACUGGUUUUCCUUUUUGCCAAAGUUUUUUAAAUAUAUGCAUACCAAUGUGGCUAAAAUAUUACUGAUUGGAGCAUCACCUAAAACCAUAUUUUUUCUCCAAUUUGUGUGAAGUGUCACUGUAUAUGUGCUAUAAUCUUCACAAUGUGAUUGAAUCACUGCCAAUUUUGUGUUUGUUUAGUCCAUGUUGUUAAGUCCUGAUGUAAUGGUUUUCCUCAUAGAAUUGUUACAACUGUUAAUCGUACUAUUGUAAUUAUUACUUAUAGCUUGCUUAUCAUGUACAAGUAAAAUAUGGAAUGUUAAAA